GGCAGGUCUUGCCGCUAUCGUGAUGUAAUCGCUUCUGACUUCCAUCUAUGUCGCUGGAUUCGGUCACCUGGUCAAUGUCCACAUACACCCAUGCUCGCACCCUCAAAUAUACUUCCUGCCGCCAUUGCUCACUCACUGCUGACUUCUACGUCUUGGGGAAAUGUUCACUCCUGCCACUGUUUGCACCAGUUGUCUCCGGGACUGGACUGAUUCUCGCUAUCGUACAUGCGAUAGAUGUCGGUCUCGAACACGACCCUACCACUGGAUUCGACGGCAACCUGACGUUCCUGAGAACACCAUCCCUUCAAUUCUUCCACCCAACUUCGAUCCGUUUCACAAUUCUAUAAACCUGACGCCUCUAACGGGAGGUCCUUUAUCAGGGAAUCCUCCGCCGAACUGUGUGAAACUUGCUGUGGGCUUGUUAGAAGAUGAAUUCGACCUGCGAGAGGUGGCUUCGCGAGAAUUUCCACCAGAAAUCUCUUCUUCCCAUAUUCGGUCUUCCAUCAGCCUAUACGAAGAUAAGAUGUUAGCUGCAUCCCAAAGAUCAAUAUGCUGUUCGUGCGGCAAGUUUUUCACAGGAUAUGUAUAUCAAAUUGACGAUCACGAUCAUUUCAUCCAAACCCACCAAACGAGCUUGGAUCGAUGUGGCCAUCACGAAGAUUCUUGGGAUUUCUGUAGUCAAUGCUAUACAGCCAUUAGACGCAGCAGCAUUCCCAAAUUUUCGGCGGAAAACUUUGUCAACGUCUCAAUGUGCCAGCAUUAUCCAUCGGCAUUGGAAGACCUUACGCCCGUCGAGGAAUGCCUUAUCGCGAAAUGCCACCCUGUUGGUACGAUCCUCAAAUUGCGACCUGGUGACCAUGCCUCUCCAACAAACUACAAUGCGUUGCGAGGCCACAUGAUUGUCAUUCCGCAAGACCCUGGACCCCUCCUUCAGAUCCUCCCAAGCCCUGAACUGAGGUUAGACAAUCUAUUCAAGGUCUUCUGGCUAGCACAACCAUCUUUAUCACGAUAUCACAAUCAACCAUACGAUGACAGACGCCUGGCCUUCCGACUUUAUCCCGCCUGAAAUCGCUGAUAGCAUCAUUCAUCUUGAGGAUCCAGAUCAUCACGAACGCGAAGGAUAUACUGUUAGCCUUCAAACUGGGAACUAUGAAAAUGACUUCCAGGCGGCUCAAGAUGAGGCAUUUCUUCCCAAUGACAAUGAUCCGUUCGUGACCGGCUCAGUCUACACGGAUGUCAAUGGAGAACGGACGGAUUCUAACCUUCGGUUGAUUGAUGCCUUGUUAGGAGUGGUAACAGGUAACACGCGUUGGGUGGAUGAAACAGAUCAAGCUGCAGAUAGUUCGGAU